CAUGAAGGUUCGGAACGCGGAACGCGGAAGCAACAACCCUCGGGCAUAGCAAUUAGAGCUCUCUUCAAGACGCAAAUUCCCAACUCACACUCAAUGUUUACGACAACAUGGGCAAUCUCAUCCCCGUUGUCGUCGCCCUGGGCGCAGUAGCCCUUGCCUACACCUUGUUCACUAACCCUCUUAGUAAAAUCCCUGGCCCUCUAUCCGCUCGCUUCUCACGAAUAUGGAUGGUGCAGCACUCACGCGCCGGCGACAUGCACACGACUAUGAUUGAACUGCACAAGAAGUACGGCAAGCUCGUGCGCACAGCACCUAACGAAGUCAGCAUUUCGGAUCCAGCGGCCAUCAAAACUAUCUACGGCGCAGGAUCGAAGUUCCGCAAGAGUGGUUGGUACUCGGUCUGGCAAGGUCAUCGCACGUUUGAUCUGUUUGGGGAGAGGGAUGAGAAAGUCCAUGGCAAGCAGAGGAGGCUUGUUAGUAAUAUCUAUAGUCUGGAUCAGUUGAAGAAAAUGGAACCGUACGUUGAUAGUACGUUGACAUUGUUCCUGGAGAGGUUGGGUGAGGUAGGGAAGAAGGGUGCUGUUGACAUGGGGAAGUGGGCUCAGAUGUUCGCUUUUGAUGUUAUUGGUGAGGUCACGUUCUCACGUCGCUUUGGCUUCCUUGCCGCCGGCAAAGAUGAUGGCUCCUUCUCUGCCAUCAACUCAGCUUUACAUUCGGCUGCCUGGAUCGGCCAGACUCCUUGGCUGUACUGGCUUCACGACUUCUUCAUGCCUUACAUUGGCAACUACCUUGGUGUGAACAAUCGCAAUGGUUCACUGCGUCAGUUUGCUGCUCGUGAGUGCGAUGAACGCAAGGGCCGAGGGAGUGAUCACCACGACAUGCUGCGCGCACUCAUGGAUGUCAAAGAGCAGAAGCCAGAAGAGUUCGAUGACAAUGGUGUGCUUAGUAUGGCGGCAAGCAACAUCUUCGCUGGCAGUGACACUACUGGAAUCAGCAUUGGCGCCGUACUUUACAACUUAUGCAAGAAUCCUACUUGCAAAGAGAAGUUAUUGAAGGAGAUCGGAGAAGUCAUGCAGAAUGAGGGGCUGAGUCCAAUGGAGAACAUACCAUUCAAGGUCGGUCAUGCCAUGCCUUAUCUGCAAGCGUGCAUCUAUGAGGCUUUGAGAAUGCAUCCGGCAGUCGGCAUGUCAUUGCCGAGAGUUGUGCCGCAGGAAGGUUUCGAAAUCGAGGGGGUCUUCCUCCCGGCUGGCACCAUCAUCGGUGCCAAUCCUUGGGUCAUCCACAGGCAAAAAGAGAUUUUUGGUGAAGAUUGCGACGUCUUCCGCCCGGAGCGGUGGUUGAAGGGUGAUCGAAGUCAGAUGGACCGCAACUUCUUUGCUUUCGGGAGCGGCUCGCGCACUUGCAUUGGAAGAAACCUGAGCUGGAUUGAAAUGACGAAACUUGUCCCUUCACUUCUCAUGCGCUUCGACAUCGAAUUGGCGCACCCGAAGGACAAGCCAGAGCAGCACUGUUGGUGGUUCGUAAAACGAGAAGGGUUGGACAUGAAGCUCACCCCUUACAUACAAAAGAUUGACAGUCCCGUUCUAGCAUGAUCUUCUUGUCUAGUGUAGGUUAUUACAAAGUGGUUGCAACUAGC